AUGAGUGGCACUGGGUUAAAUCUGUCCACGCUCAAGGAUAAGGUUUCUUCGAAGCUGAACGAGAACCGGAAGCCAUCGAAAGCGGGUAAAAAGGGCUCCAAGAAGGACAAGAAGGACAAGAAGGAUAAGAGGGAUAAGAAGGAGAUUGAAGACGACAAAGUUUCUACCAAAACUACCGAACGUCCUGUCUCGGCAAAAGCUGCACAAAAUGAAGCUCUACGCCGCGAGGCGCUAGCUUUGGGUGCUUCUGAAAAGGAUCUAGACCUGAUCAAUGGACUGUCAGACGAUGACAACGUCAGCGAACAAGAAUUUGGCGACGCCAAACAGGAAAACGAUAAAGCUUUCACCAAUGAAUUUCAAGACUUUUUGAAAAACGCUGGUAUUGAUGGUGUUCCAACACCUGAAGAUUUAGACGAGGACGAGGUGAAAGCAGAAGACGAGGGCGAAGAAAAAACCGACCAGUCGCUUCAAGAAUCAGAAAAUGAAGAUGUGGAGGAAGAGAACAUACCCGAGCUUGUGAAAGUCACCGCAGAAGAAGAACUUAAAAUUGGAUCCGAUUCGUCCGAGGAGGAAAACUCCGCGGCUGAAGAGGGUCCGUUUCUUAAUCAGGACUCAGAACCCGAAACCGAAGAAAAGAAGGAAGACAAGAACUUGAUCUCGCAAACCCAUUUAGUGACCUCUGACAAGCUGUUGCUGCCUGCAGAUGAGGUGUGGCAUCAGAUUCCAUUGGACCAAGAGGCUAAUGUACAGAACGAUCCACUGCCAUCCGAUAAAAUCGAUACCUUAUAUCAAAGAGGUAAAGAAGCCCUAGAAGCUGAAAACACUCUUUACUACGACGAGUUCACAAAGAACUCCUCGCAGAGAAAGUUUAUGUCUCAAAUUUUGAGCGAUGGUACCUUAAACGAUAAAAUAUCUGCAUUGACUUUGCUCAUUCAAGAAUCCCCGCUGCAUAACACUAAAUCCCUGGACACACUAAUUUCAUACUGUACUAAGAAAUCCAGAAAUUCAGCUUUACAAAGUUUGAACGCACUAAAGGAUUUGUUGUUAAGCGGCUUACUACCGGACAGAAAAUUGAAGAACUUCAAAAAUCAAAACUUAUCCAUGAUGUUGAAUAAAAAAACGUUGGCCAUUUUCUAUUUCGAAGACUAUUUGAAAGAACUUUAUUUCAAGGUUUUGCAAGUUAUGGAAAGGCUGUCUCACGACCCGAUCAUUUACGUGCGUAUGCAAGUCAUAUCGCACAUUUUUGAUCUUUUGACUGCUAAGCCUGAGCAAGAGUUCAACUUAUUGAGACUUGGAGUUAACAAAUUGGGUGAUAUUGACAAGAAAGUGUCUUCAAAGACCUCAUUCCAACUGUUGAAGCUUGAGCAAGCUCACCCCAACAUGAAGUCCAUUGUUUUGGAUGCUACGGUGGAUGUGGCAUUGAGACCAAGUGCUGAUUAUCAUACUACUUACUACUCGGUUCUGACUCUAAACCAAACGAUUUUGAAAAGGUCUGAGGAAAGAGUUGCUAAUCAAUUAAUCAAGACAUACUUUACACUAUUUGAGAAAUACCUGCUUUCCACGGAUUCGUCAAAUGUGGAAGAAGGUGACCAUGCCCCCAAAAACAAAGAUGCAUCUUACGAAAACAAGAGAAAGAAGAAUUUCAAGCGUGGUAAGAAAGGUGGGAAAUCGGUCAAAGAUGACAAAACUGAGAAAGAGGUUGUGGAUGAAAAAAAUUCCAAACUAUUUUCUGCCAUUUUGACAGGUCUAAAUCGUGCGCUUCCAUUUUCCAACAUGCCUGCUAGCGUGUACGAGACUCACUUGGAUACUUUGUUCCAAAUCACGCACUCUUCUAAUUUCAAUACAGCAGUGCAAGCUUUGGUACUGAUACACCAGGUCACACUGAAGGCAGAAUUGAACAAUGACAGAUACUACCGUACUCUGUACGAGAGUUUGCUGGAUGCGCGUUUACUGACUUCGUCGAAACAAGGUAUUUACAUGAAUCUGCUUUACAAGUCUUUGAAAAGUGACAAGCACAUCCCUCGUGUGGAGGCGUUUGUAAAGAGAAUCUUACAAGUGUGUUCGAGUUGGUUGAAUGUUGGGGCUCUGUCGGGAAUGCUUUACUUGCUGCUGCAAUUGGGGAAAUCGGUACCGCAGAUCAAAAAUUUGUUCACAAACACACCUGCAGACGACGAAUAUGCUUCUGAGGGUGAAACGGAGGCGGUUGAUGGUGAUGCGCGCAGCGCCGUAUACGAUAGCCGCAAGAGAGAUCCCAAAUUUGCAAAUGCGGACAAGACCUCGCUGUGGGAAAUCCGCAACUUCCUGCACCACUACCAUCCAACGGUACAGAGCUACGCAGAUGCGUUUUUGAACAGCUCCGAAGAGGUGACAAAACCAGACUUGGGGCUGUACACUUUGGUACACUUUUUGGACCGUUUUGUAUACAGAAACGCCAAGCAGAAGCGCACAACCCGUGGUACGUCGAUCAUGCAACCUUUGGGCGGCUCGCACACGGGAUCGCUGAUCGUGCGGGCGUCGGACGCCAACACAACGGGCACAGAUGCGGUCCCCGCGAAUACGCAGGACUGGCUUGCCAAGAAAGCCGAGAUGGUAACGCCCGACGAGCGGUUCUUCCACCAGUACUUCAGCACGAAGCAGAGUGCCAUUAAACGCGCGGACAAGGGUGGUGGUGGUGGUGGUGGUGACGACGGGGAUGCGGAGGAGAGCGAGCUGGACGAGGACGAGGUUUGGGACGCGCUGGUGAAGUCGCGGCCGGACGUGGAAGCCGACAGUGACGAUGACUUGUCCAUGGAGGAUCUGGAGGAUCUGGAUGAGGACGAGGAGGACGAGGAGGACGAGGAGCCCGAGGAGCCCGAGCUGGAGCAGGACGAGGAUCUGGAUGACGACGACGAAGAGUUCUACAGCUUUGCAGACGAGGGCGCCGCGGAGCACGUGACGGGCACGAAGCGCGCACGUGACGAGGACAGCGGCAGCGACGACGACGCGGCCCUGGCGCAAGCGUUCCAGAGCGAUUCCGACGACGCCGACUCCGGCGCCGACUCCGGCGCCGACGCGACCACCGCCACACCCGAGAUCCCCCAGCCGGGCCGCCGUCUGGACCGCAAGAAGCUCAAGAGCCUGCCCGUGUUCGCCUCCGCCGACGAGUACGCCGAGUACAUGAGCGAAUAG